CAUGACGCAGCGGCGCGGAAGUGUUUGCGGAGCAGAGAGGCAGCGUUGAGGAGGAGGAGUUGAAGAGACGAACGACUUUCUUCUUCUUUCUUUUUGUCUUCAGUUUUAUUUUCUGGCGACUUCUUUAGUCUCGUGUUUCGGAGCCGGAGCGGAGGACAAGCAGCAGAAGAAUUCCCGGAAGAUUUCCAGCCAUGAACCACAUGGACCACAUGGACCACAUGAAUCACAGCGCCACGGGUGUGGACCACACCCACCACCAUCACACCAUGGCCCCGCCCACCACCAGUGGACACGACCACGGAGGAGGAGGAGGGAAUGACGGGAACCAUGGCGGACAUGGGGGGAUGGUGAUGACCUUCUACUUCGGCUACAACAACGUGGAGCUGCUGUUCGCCGGCCUGCUCAUCAACUCGCCCGGAGAGAUGGUCGGGGCGUGUAUAGGUGUCUUCCUGUUGGCCGUCCUGUACGAGGGGUUAAAGGUGGGUCGUGAGGUGCUGCUGCGUCGCAGUCAGGUCAACGUCCGCUACAACUCCAUGCCGCUCCCGGGGGCAGACGGGACGGUGCUGAUGGAGACGCACAAGACUGUCGGGCAGCGGAUGCUAAGCCCCGCCCACUUCCUGCAGACCCUGUUGCACAUCAUUCAGGUGGUCGUCAGCUACUUCCUGAUGCUCGUGUUCAUGACCUACAAUGCUUACCUCUGCAUCGCCGUGGCCGCCGGCGCCGGCAUGGGCUACUUCCUGUUCAGCUGGCGGAAGGCGGUGGUCGUCGACAUUACUGAGCACUGCCAUUAGCCGGCGUGCUAGUUAGCAUCGCAUCGGGAGGUUUGAUUUUUGCUGAUCACAAUCGAUAAAACGCUAACACCUUCACUCUGUUAGCAUGCUAGCCGACCUGGAACUACAAAUUGAGUUAAAACGAGACACUAAAUUACAAAUGUUACUCGGUAACCAUGGAAACAACUUGUUGUAGGUUAACAUGCACACUAACAUCUCUAGUUAGCGAUUAAUAAAUCCUUGAUUUGCGGAAAACGACAAACACUUAUUGUCGUGUUUUCUUGCCAUAAAUAUCAAGUUUGUUUAAAAAAAAAAAUGAACCUAUGUGAACCUCUGCUGGUGGACGAGCCGGCCAAUCACAGCUCAGAUCACCUCAGAAGUUUCUGAUUCGCCAAAUCACGUCAUACUGUCUUUUAUUUCCAUGCCAUGACAACUGGAAGGUUAGUGCUAGCUGCUACUAGCCAAAAUGUUAGCAUCCGUACCUUACAUAUACACUUAUACUUUUAGUUAGCAUCGUUAGCAGCUCGUUAGAAGAGCGACCAAUCAUAAAACAGUAUUUAAACAUUUAUUUAGAAGAUAAUAUAUUAGGGAAUAGAUGUUUCACAUAAUUUUCAUUUACAUGUUUUGAUUUAAAUGAAAUUAUUAAAAAUAACACUUUUGUUUUUUUGUUAACCGUUUCUACAUUUUUCUUUUUAAAUAAAGAUCAUCGAAUCCAGCCAACGAGCCACUUCUUUAAUUUAUCAGCCAGCUAAUCACAAAAAUCUUACUUGGCCAAAAACAUCAAAUAACUUUUCAUUGAUUUUAGUAUAAAAGUAUAAAAUAAAAAAAGUUUUAAUACAAAAUGGCCGUUCACGCGUUUUUCUUUAAAAGUGAAAAAUCGUCUCCAGUAAACAUCAAGCCACUCGUUUAUAAACAAGUAUACAUUUUAAAAUUGAUUUUCAAAAUAAAUGUGUUGUUGUUUUUUUGAGAACUCCUACUGGUCCACGAGCCGGCCAAUCAGAGCGCAGAUGUUUUACAAAACAUUAGCUUGAUUUAGAUUCUCUGAUUUUACGUAUAAAACGUUGUUUCCUCGCUUUUCUGUUUAAAUAAAAACAUCACGAAACCCCGAGACGCUUCUUCAGUUAAAUAAACCAAUUUAUACUUUGAGAUCAAUUUCUAAGUGCUUUUUCAAACAUCCAUUAGUUUUUUCACGUUUUGUUUCCUCGGCCGCCGCUGGCCUUAAACCGACACCCGCUGCCUUAACGUGGCCGAACGUCCGGACGUGCUGCUGCCUCCGAGCGUUCGAGCUUUAGGUGCUGCUGUCCAACAUCAACGCGUCUGUUAACGUGGAGGCUCAGCCGGUUUCUCUCUAGUACGGCUUCGUCUGUCGUCUCUUACCUUCUGUAGUUUCCUGAGUCUGACAGGAAAUGUUGUUAACGGAGGCCGGCGUCCGCCAGGGAGAGAAGGUCAUUGGUUAGAAAAGAUCAAAAGCAAAAGACAAGCUUUUGACUGGUUCCUAACGGACUUCCAUAGCUGCCGUUGUGAUUUAUUGUGAAGUUAUUUUAAUUUCUUAGAUUCACACUGAGAAGUGGGCGGAGUUUACUUACUGGACCAAUCGGGUUACGGGGACAGAUUGCAGUUACUGGAUUUUUAUUCUCAACAAAAUUUGAGAUGCAAAAUUGUGCGACUUUUGGAUAAAUUACAUUCAAAUAAAGCACAGCUACACUAUGUGGCCAAAAGUAUGGGGACAACCCCGUCCCCAUACUUUUGGCCAAGUACUGUACCUUGAUCAGGUGUCUACACAUCUUUGGCCAGUGUGUGUUAUUACGUGUCCGCAGACUUUUGGCCGUGUGGUCGGGUUGAAUCUCAGUGUGACUCUGAUCGUCUCUGUUGAUGUUGUUGAACUGAAGGUGAAGCUUCAUGAAGGAAACAUGAAGGAAACUGUUUUACCAGAAAAUAAAAUGUUUUAACUGUCACGAAUGCUGGAAUCAUUGAAAAAACACAGAAUAAAGUUUAUGAAGAAA